GAAGCAGCUUGUCAGGGAUUAUAUCUGUGAAAUGGAUAAACGAGCAUGUGUAUUUUCUAUCCCUUUGUUCUUAGAAUAGAAGAUCCUUGACAACUUUUGUUCAUCAAAAAAUAAAGUAAACGUUACCUGCUGAGCUUACCUGAUGAGCUUAUUUUAUAUUUAAAAUAGUGAUGUGUGAACUUUUAAAAUAGUUCACCGUGUCAAAUUUAUGACGGGAUAUUUCUGCUUUUUUAACCAUUGCUGGUGAAAUUUGAUUUAGGAAACGGUAAUACUUUAGUUCUCUUCACUUUUUUCCCCAAACUUACGUUGGAAAAAUGUGGACCUUUUUGGGCAUCGCGAGCUUCACCUAUAUUUACAAGAAGUGCGAUGCCGUUCUCGGUCACGCGCAUCGCGAGCUCGCGCUGGUGGUGCUUGCGCUGUUCACCGCGUGCCUGCUGCUGUCAUACGCGCGGUACCGCGGCGGAGAUGCGCUGCAGACGACGCUCGAGCUCCUGUCGUCGCUGCCGCUCGCGAGGCGACUUUUCCGCGUCAAAGAAGAACAAGAAGGAGGCUCCUUCGCUGAAAAGGUGUGUAGUCAAACAAAGGAGGUGGAACAAAUGGACUCAGAUUGUAGAGAGAAGGUGGCAGCAUGUGACCCCUCGCAGGAAGCCGACAUCAUCAUCGUGGGGGCUGGUGUGCUAGGCUCUGCCAUGGCUGCCGUGCUGGCACGAGACGGCCGCAAGGUUACCGUGGUGGAGAGAGAUCUGCAUGAGCCGGACAGAAUUGUGGGCGAGCUGUUGCAACCGGGGGGAUACUGUGCCCUCAAAGAUCUUGGGCUGGAAGGUUCAGUAGAGGGUUUGGAUGCCCACGUUGUAAACGGCUACGUGAUCCACGACCUGGAGAGCCGCACGGAGGUGGAGAUCCCAUACCCAAAGGAGGACAAUGUAGUCCAGGGUGGGAGAGCUUUCCACCAUGGGCGCUUCAUCAUGGGCCUGCGGCGGGCUGCCAUGGCUGAGACAAAUGCAAAGUUGAUUGAAGGCACAGUAACCAGCCUGCUGGAGCACAAUGGACGCAUCAUAGGAAUCCAGUACAGGGUGAAGGAAACUGGGGAAGUGAAGGAGAUUCACGCCCCACUAACUGUGGUGGCCGAUGGCUGUUUCUCCAAGUUCAGGAAAAACCUUGUGUCUAAUAAAGUAAAAAUUUCUUCACACUUUGUGGGAUGCAUAAUGAAGGAUUGUCCGCAGUUUAAGCCUCACCAUGCUGAACUUGUGCUGGCUAAUCCUAGCCCUGUGCUCAUUUACCAGAUCUCCUCCUCGGAAACCAGGGUUCUGGUUGACAUCCGAGGGGAGAUGCCCAGAAACCUUAGGGAAUACAUGGAGGAGAAGAUCUACCCACAGCUGCCAGAGCACAUCAAAGGGCCUUUCCUAAAUGCUCUGCAGAACGAUCGCCUGAGGACCAUGCCAGCUAGCUUUCUCCCACCUUCUCCUGUAAACAAAGCAGGAGUCCUCCUUUUAGGGGAUGCUUACAACAUGAGACACCCCCUGACUGGAGGAGGAAUGAGUGUUGUCCUCAACGAUGUUAAGAUAUGGAGAGGGCUUCUGGGGAACAUCCCUGACCUCUACGAUCAAGGCGGCAUGAAGCAGGCCAAGAAGAGGUUCCACUGGGAGCGGAAGUCAUCGCAUUCGUUUGUGGUCAACGUACUGGCACAAGCUCUUUAUGAACUGUUUGCUGCCACAGACAAUUCGCUACACCAGUUGAGGAAGGCCUGCUUCCAUUACUUCAAACUUGGUGGAGAGUGUGUUUCUGGGCCUGUUGGACUCUUGUCAGUCCUGACGCCCAAACCCAUGACCCUGAUCGGGAAUUUCUUCGCUGUGGCCUUGUACGCCAUCUACUUCCGCUUCAAGUCUGAGUCCUGGCUGACGAUGCCGCGAGCGUUAUUGCACAGCGGCGAAAUCCUGUACCGCGCCUGUACGGUCAUGUUCCCCCUCAUCUAUUCUGAGCUCAAGUACCUGGUGUACUGAGGGACACACAGCCAAUCCAGAUGCGUGACGCCUUACUCCUUACUGUCCUCAACAAGUUUGUUGACUCUUGUUGACAAACUGGUAGAAAGAUCCAAGAGCACAAGGUUUAGUUUAGUCAAAUUUUUUGCGCCUGCUAACAGACGUGACGACUGCAGAGUAUUCAGUGGCCUUACAUGUACAUCAAAGGCCUUGACCAACAGUAAACAUAGAAAUCUGCCUUUCAGUUGCUUAGAUGAUGCUUUCUGCCUUUUCUGCCACGUGUUCCCAAGUCUUUACUUACUGUGAUAACUGGUCUGUGCCAACACUGGCAGAACACUAUUAACACACUAAACAUGGCUACUCAAAUUUUAUAUGUAUUUGUCAAACCACCAUGCUGCUAAAAUUUGUAAUUCUUGUAGAAACAUUAACCAAAAAAAAAAAAUUGGCGGGAUGACAAUGCUCAUUCAUUACGCCUUAUUUGAGGCCUUUUAAAAUUUCCUCUUGUAGUGAAGUCUUAAGUCACUAAAAUAGGGCGGUUUUCGGUAUAAUGGAGUAAAAACUACAAUAUGUUGCUAGCUUUUCUAUACAAACUGACAUUUUCACUUGUUAAAUAUUACCACAGUGAAAUCUUUUAAAGUACACAGCUUUCUGAUACGUUCAGUAAUGUUUUUAUACAACUGGCUGAAGUGUUAAUAUUUAUGUACAUACUAAAUUUGUAAAGUGUACUUGUAUUCCUCUUUAUCACAUGUAACAUGAUGGUUGUUGGACUUUAAAAUGCAUUUUUCUUGUGUAUUGAAAAUGUCAACACUAUUGUGAGAGUUUUACAGUGGGAACCAUGUACUCUUAAAAGUGGAAUAAUUUAGAUUUUUGGAUGAUUUCUUUUGCUAAAUGGCUAACAGUCCAUGCACUGUGUGUGCAUUUGACUUGAGGAGAAACCUGUUGAAAGGUGAAGGCAGAUUCAUUUUUGUGAACCGCACCAUUUUCCUGACCAACAGCCUUAAUAACAAUAGCAAAAUGCAUUAAUGAAGGAGCCCCGAAUUGGUGGGUCGGCAGUCAUGGCAACAGAAACAGGAUGUUAUGGACCACUGAGGGAGAACUUGACCUUGGACACACAACAUGGAUUUGCAUUAAUACAAAUGUACAGCCCUGCACGUCAGGUCAAGGUGAAGCGUAUGUGGCCUGUAGAAACCAAGAAUAAAACCUUAACUGAUCACCAAUAUUUGUCUUUGGAAAAGGGAAUGUAUUUUUUUUGUAAAUGCAAAUCGGUAAUGUAAUAAUA